UAAACCUCACACACGCGCGCGCUCCCGCCGCUCCUCCCAGAGUGAAGUUAAAGCGCGAGGCGAGUACAGCUCACACACCGGAGUUUCACCACAGACACUUGGACUCGACCGUGCGCCUUUACCCCCCGGACAAACUUUACAAACGGACUCUCUAUCAAAACCCUUACAUAUCAACUCUAUAUGAGACGAACUUUAUGUCGUUUGAAAAGAAACGCGAGUUAUUGGAUACAUAAAUGCAGGACUGACGGAACGCGCUCGGUGCCUUUACCUCCAAUGCGCCGCUGAUGCGCUCGAGCUGAGCCAGUACACAGAGAAGGAGAGCCAGCGUCCCGUCUCACACACCCUGGCUUGAAGGGGUGAAUGUGAAGGCAGCAACAUGAAGCUCUUCCUCCCUCUACUGCUGCCCCUCCUCUUCUAUCAGCUCUUGUCAUCCCCGGUAUUGGCCGACACCUGUCCGAAGGACUGUACCUGCCCAGUCCAAGACUCCAUAUUCUGCUUUAGCCGCAAAGACACUAAAAUGCCCAGCGAAGUACCCACAAUGACUAAGAAACUCUAUGUGUUCAAGAACGGCAUAGAGUCCCUUUCCCAAGAGGAUUUUGUUGACUUGGACAGCCUGGAGAUGCUGGAUCUAAGUCAGAACAAGUUGACCGAACUUCCAGAUCGCGUGUUUGAACCCCUGUCCUCUCUCCAAAAUCUGGACCUGUCGGCUAACCAGAUCACUCACAUAUCCAAGGACAGCUUUGCUGGACUGGAACUUUUGGAGAGGCUAUAUCUCUACAGCAACUUUAUAGAGUACAUACAUCCUGCUGCUUUUGAUGGACUACAACAGCUACUGGAGCUCAAGCUGCAAGGAAACAAACUGACAAUAAUGCCUGCUCUGAAAUUGCCCCAUCUGCUUCUGCUAGACUUACGGUUUAACAGCAUCCCCUCGCCAGGGCCAGAUGACCUCCAGACACCCAAGUUGGAGUCACUGAAACUGGGUGGGCUGAGGCUUAGCAGUCUGAACGAGGAGCUCUUAGGAAGCUUCAAGAACCUUCAUGAGCUUGACAUUUCCAGCAAUCAGUUAACAACCUUUCCAGGAGUUUUGCGGGAAGCAAGGGGCUUGGUUUCUCUCAGUUUGGCUGGGAAUCCUAUGGGACCUAUGAAAUGGGAAGACUUUGAGAAACUUUCAGAGCUUCAGGAGCUGGAUAUAAGCAAUCUUAGCUUGCAAGGGUUACCAGAGACCUUAUCCCAGCUCUUUCCUCACCUAGAAAGACUGGCUGUCGCAGAAAAUCCCUUCAAUUGCCUUUGCAACCUGGCUUGGUUUCCUAGUUGGCUGCAAAACAAGCGAAUUCAGUUGGGUAGGACGGAAGAGACACGCUGCCACUUUCCUCCUUUUAACUCUGGGAAGGUGCUGGAGAGACUGGGGCACCGAGAAUUCGGAUGUCCGAUUACCACAACCGUUACGACUCGGACAGUAAAGACCACUGCAGUACCGCCAGCUCUGGUUACCAGUUUACCAAGUACAACACAUGCAGUCCUCCAUGCCAAACCUACUGAUAACCCCUCUACAGAAACCGACAAUGAUCAUCCACCUCCAACCCCUAGUACUAGUAUCGACCCAGACCUAAGAUCAACCUUCUGCCCAACCAAUAUCUGUCUAAAUGGAGGAACAUGUUGGCUGGACAACGAAGGACAAUUGGAAUGCAUUUGUCUACCAGGGACAUCAGGGACAUACUGUCAAAAUGAGAAAAACCCACCACCCCAUGAGGACACUACAGUAAUCGGCACUAUGGAACCUGAAAUAACUGCAACAGUGGUAACUAGCUCCUCUAUACUCUUAGACCUUCACCGGUACAUCGAUAUGCGCCCGCAUAUCCGUGGUGUAAAGUUAACUUACAAGAACCUUUCUGGACUGGAUAAACGUCCUAAGCAGCUCAACGUUCCACCCUCUUAUCCGGAGUACACGCUGCGUGGACUUCAGCCAAACUCUACAUAUUCUGUAUGCGCCAGUCCGUUGGGUGAACCUGGGGGCUUGGAUCGUGUAUGCACAGAGGCCCAGACGGUCAGUCAGCAGCUAACUCCCACUGGAGCACGACUGGAGGACCCAAAGCUCACUACGAUGCUCAUUCCUGCAGUCGCCAUCCUUCUUCUGCUUGUCCUAAUAGCUGUGGCUGUUGGGGUAGCUUGCUACAUGCACAAAAAGAAAUCAAAGAGACACCUGGACUUAAAAUGUGAUCCGUCACAGCUGGAGCUGGAGGGUAUGGACAAUGGGGCACUACCCCAAAAGCAAGAGAUUAUAUCAUGUCCAUCAACUGCGCAGAAUGGUAGCUUGGACUAUGAGGUGCCCCUCAUGCAAGAUCACUGUACUGCGAACAACAACAUGAACAGUUUGAAACCCUCGUAUUUCUGAUAAUUGCAAAAGUUUUGUGACUUACUUACAUGCUAAAGCAAGAAUUAUACUGCUUUACAGGGUACCACAGAGGACAGUAAGAACAGCCACCAGCUCUUUGUAAAGAGACAGUGGCAUUUAGGUGAUUCCUGGUGCAAUCCUGUAAGGACAAUUCUGUCAAAAUGACAUCCUCUUAAAGUGCCUUUUAUCAUCUGAAAUAUGGAAAGACUCCUCAUGCCAAUCUUUCAACCAAAGAUCUUUUAUAAUUUGAAUAUGGCUGCCAGUCGUAAAAUGGACAUAAGGCUGACUGAAAACAAAAUGCAGGCGAAAUAUUGAUGUGUAGCACCUGUGUGCAACUCUUAGGAGCUGCACUAACUGUGAACCGUAAGUCCUACAUUUGUGUGGGCAAUUGAAGAUAUUGACAUCUUAAGUAACAAGGCUGACUCUUAUGAUGCUUUGUCUAACUGAUAGGCAUUGUUUCUUUGUUUUAUAUCUGUACCUUUCUUGUAAAUGUUUUUGUACAAAUAUGUGACUGUUACCAGGCGGCUGCUCUUCCCCCAUAUCUUGUGACUUUCAAAGCAGACAAAACACCAGAUUAAAAACUUUUAAGAUUAAAAUGUACUUGUACCACCAAGUGAAUCAAAGGCUUUAGUUUAGAAAUGUCAGACAGUCUAAGCAGUUAAAAGUCUAUUGAGACUUGAAACUAAAUCCCUCCUCUAUAUUUUAGCCCCUAUCCCCUAAUUCCUCACACAAAUAGAGACAAAACGUAAGUCAAAUGGAAAUGGCUGAUUGAAAAGCAGAUUAAUAUACAUUAUGUUCAGUUGUAAAAAAAAGAAGAAAAAAAGUCUUGCAAUAUAUUAUUGGAAGCUACAAAUUGGUGGGAUCUUUUUAAAAUAUUUAUUUAUAUACCAAAAAGGGGUUGUUUCCUAUAUCACUAUUCAAAACUUAGUUCUGUCAGUUUGCAAAAUUAGCCAUUGCACUAUUUACAUGCAGAGAGUUUCCUCUUGCACUCACUUGCAGUCAACACCGUUUUUACAGAUUAAUACAUUCAAAAACACUAGUGUUUCUUUGGCUAGCUCGAAGCAUUAGCUAAAACACACACUCCAACUGCCAACUCUCCAGAGCUUACCAUUCAUGUGCAAGACACAACGAAAGAGCAUGAAACAACCUAAAAAUGACUGAGAUCCUGGCCGUCAUUGAUCACUCUGAAAUUUAAGCCACAGAUACUGUGGAUUCUUAAAGGUAAAGUUUACUGCAAAAUGCCAAACUGAGACAGUGGGGAGCUGUGCUGAUUUACCUCUGUGAGGAAAUGUGUUACUAUUUUAGCACUUGUUCUACAACCUGUCAAAUGAUGUUUCCAAAAAAAUAAAAAUAAAAUAAAAAUAAAAAAUGUAAAAAUGAAAUUGUAAAACCUU